AUCUGUUUUCCUUUUUUUUUUAUUUUCUUCGGUCUUACAGCAUCUAACAUUUAUACCUCCCAAGUAUUUGUUUGUUAUCGUUACAGAUUAACAAAGUAUAACUACGCAACAGUGAACAAUGCCUGUCUCUGUGCUUUCUGUGCCCUUUUUCACCUCGCAUAAACAACUGUCCAUUCAUUUGGCCGAACCGGUCGUUAUCUUGCGAGGAUUCCCUCAAGAUCCCGUCACACAGGUGUUACAUGGUGAAGUCGAACUCCUCCUCACCAAACCUAUCAAUGCCUACUCUGUCAAGGUCAAAUUAGUAGGCAAACAACAUAUGCUCUGGCCUGAAGGUUUUGGUGCUCGCGGAACCAAAUUGUACAAUGAAAAGACAAUCUAUUCACAAACCAUUGUGCUGCAGACAUGGCCUGAAGAUCAAAAGGAGCCUUUGAGUCCUGGACUGCAUCGAUGGCCGUUUGAAUUUAUGUUACCCAAAGAUACGGUAGAGACGAUUGAAGAUGAACUUGCCAAGGUGUUCUAUUACAUCUCCACGACCGUGCACCGGGCGGGCAAAAGUGUUCCAAAGCUUCGAUCGCGACGAAAUAUUCUGAUUUUACGUACGCCCAAUUGGUCCGAUCAAGCCCUCGCCGAUACUUCAUUGCCGACGGCCUCUAUCACCUCGGAACGGCACAUGAAAAUGUUCGAUUCCAUCAUCUGUAUCGAGAAGUCGGUGGUGUCAUCGGGCACCCGAUUCCCGAUUGCGCUGACCAUUGCACCGACGGUCAAAAAUCUCUUUUUGGAAUCGAUCAAUGUCAUGUUGAUUGAGCGGCGGUCAUAUCGUUUACCCGAGUUCAAUGCACGACGAGGAGAAGUUCAUGAUUUCAAGUUACCCAUGGCCACCGUUACCAACUUGACCGAUCCAUCGUUGACCGAUAUCGUUCCUGCAUCGGAUGUGUCCCUCCAGCAUUUGCGAAAAGUGCUGUGUACUAAAAAUGCCCAUAUUCCUCUCGAAGCCAACCCUUUCCAAUAUCGAUUUGUGUUCAAUCUACCCAACUGUGUCAGCUUGAAUCAUACCACCACCUACCAUGAGAUUGAAUUCCGUCAUUAUCUUCGUAUUCACAUCGAACUCUCAGUCGGUCUUCCACCAGGCGGUGAUCAGAAAGCGCCUCGCGAACACAUUCAUUUUGAGACGCCCAUCACGAUUCUCGAUUGUCGUUUGAAAGAAGAUUAUGCCGCCUUACCCACCUACGUGGAGGCGUUGUCGGACCCUACCGUCAACGACGAUGAUCUGCACGAAAGUGCCAGUGGAUUCUUCAUUUGUCCGUGCUACCUCGAAUACAAAAAAAAGAGACAAUCCAACGGAAAACGUGAAUGGAUGCUUGUUCGUCAAAAUAGCAACGAAAACACACCACCGCCCCCAUCCUACGAAUCCGUGGCUUCCAAACCUGCCGCCAUCUCCACCGCUUAAGCAAAACAACAAAACCUCACAAGACACGAUAGACGCUUAUUAGAAACGUGCUGGUUACGUGAUGAAUAUCCAUGACUAAUAGUAAACUGCAUCUUGUCAUUGUAAAUAUAAUUGUAGCAUGGAAAUCAACAAUAAAUAAAGAAUAAUGCAUAUAAACGC